AUGGCCUUCCAGCUUUUCUCCCCUCCCUUCCUCCGUCUCGGUCUAGGUGUCGGCCUCGGUCUUUCGGCAGCUACUCUCCACCCACUCUCCCCCUUCCGUGCAGCUCCAAUGCAAUGCCAGUACAGCGCGCCUUACUACCGUCCCGAGACCCAGGCUAAUGCCGAUUCCGGAUGGGCGUUAAAGCCUGAGGAUCCGUUGCUUCAGAAGCAGGGCCGUACUGGCAUUACUGAGCAGGCUAAGUCUGCGUUCUUGUCGCCGGAGAAUAUGCGACAGAUUAGCCUAGGGAGUGUUUUGGGAUUGGUUGCUGGUGUUGGAUUGAGAGCUUUUUCGCGUGUUUUGGUUGUUGUUUUGGGUAUGGGUGUUGUUCUUAUUGAGUGGGCUGCUUCUAAGGGAUAUAAUAUUCUUCCUCUUGAACGUGUUCAGAAGUAUGUGAAGGGUGUUGAUGUGCGACGGGCUGUGUCUCAACACCGUCCCUUCAAGGUGAGUUUCGGGACUAUGAUGGCUUUGGCGGCGUUUGCGCAGUUCUAA